CAAAGAAAAAAUUUGACCACCUGUAUAGCAAAUUGUGAAAGUUUGACUCAAGAAAUGAAGUCCAGUACCCAGUCCAUGUGGACAAGAAGAAUGCAGUCUGUGGAUGCUGCAUGGGAAAAUAGUAGAUCUGCUAUAUUUGCUGCUGUUUUAAAAAGUCAAGCAAUUCCUAAAACUGGGGCUGUUUGCUUCUUGUGCGGAGAAGACAGAGCUGUUGUUCGGUGUCGCCACUGUGGACCAGAUGCAUUACUCUGUAACAAUUGUGAUGAGACAGCUCAUGAGAAAAAACCUUUGCAUGACCGUGAUAUUUGGAUAAAUGGAUUUUAUCAAGCAGUUCCUCCAACUGAAACAGUCCUGCCAGAUGGAUCUCCAGGCUUCAACAGAAGAUAUGCUCCAUUUUUAUUUUGCAAAGAAUGUAUUUAUUGCAAGGGCCAGGAUACACUUUCUAUCAUCCCCUCUAAUGAAAUGUGCAUUCUUAUAACAGCCAAAGGAAGAUUUGAUUUGUAUUUAUUCACAUACAGUUGCACUGGAUGUGAUCAACAGUUCUCACCAUUAACACUGGAGAAGAUAAUUAAUGAAGGGUAUUGGCCAGGUGGCCCAAAGAAUCUUAAUUACAUCUUCUGUGAAGAUGUGUUCAGAGUUUGGGAUUCACUGCGAAAGUAUAUGCCAGGCACAUCUGAGACAGCAUUUCUUAGGUCCUUGGCCUCCAUAUCUAGUGAAAAGGGCAGGGUUAGUAAAUCAUACUUAGGUCACUGUACAUAG